UCGCAGGCCACGUUCAGACCACGUCGUUUUACGCUGGUCACAUCCGGGUGAGCUGUUGGAGGUCCAGUGUGGUUUUUAUUAAGAGCCACUUGAGUGUUUUGUCCAUCAUGUACGGAUCUCGGCUGCUGCAGGUGUUCUGUGCUCAGCUCCUAUGGGUGUGGGUGAUGGGCUCGGAGCUUACGUUUGAGCUGCCAGACAACGCCAAGCAGUGUUUCUACGAAGAUAUCAUCAUCGGUACUAAGUGUACUCUGGAGUUUCAGGUUGUGACGGGUGGGCAUUACGAUGUGGACUGUCGCUUGGAGGACCCCGAUGGCACUACUCUUUAUAAAGAGAUGAAGAAACAAUACGACAGUUUCACGUUUACGGCGGCGAAGAAUGGAACCUACAAGUUCUGCUUCAGCAACGAGUUUUCCACCUUCACCCACAAAACUGUUUACUUUGACUUUCAGGUCGGAGAUGACCCGCCUCUGUUUCCCAAUGAGAAUAGAGUCACUGCACUUACUCAGAUGGAGUCAGCCUGUGUGUCCAUUCACGAGGCUCUGAAGUCUGUCAUUGAUUAUCAGACACAUUUCCGUCUCCGUGAGGCUCAGGGCCGCAGUCGCGCUGAGGACCUUAACACUCGUGUGGCGUUUUGGUCAAUCGGAGAAGCCAUCAUCCUUCUGCUCGUCAGCAUCAGUCAAGUCGUCCUACUGCGGAGCUUCUUCUCUGACAAGAAAACCACCACCACACGUGUUGGGUCAUAACAAUCUGACUUUGACACACGGGUAUAUAGUUUGUUUAUUUGUGUCAGGGCUUACGUGUGUGUUAACAGUGGGUGGUUAUCAGAACAUAUUUUUGCAAUCCAUCAGAAAAGUGCUAAAAUAUCCCUGUAAAUGUCUUGGUUAAGGUUCAAGUACAGCACAAAAAGUGGCCAGAUUGUAAAUACAAUGUAAAGUGAAGAAGUACUCGCCUUGUUUGGACAAUUACAUUGCAAGUUUCUGUUCCUGUUUUCUUAAACAUACAAUAUGUAACUAUUAACUAGGGUGGCCACCAGUUCCUUGUCUUCAUGGAGAUGCUGUUGCUUAGCCCGGUAUGUUUCACAGUAUGGCAUAAAUCAUAUCUAUCUCCAUGAAGACAAGCAGGCAAAGCUAUUCAGAAUUGUAGUAAAGUGGGAUGCAUGUGUUUCAAGAUAUUUCAAAAUACCUGUAAUUGAAUAUAUGUGAGAUGGAUAAGUUUAAUGCCAUACUGUGGAGCAUUCCUGGCAAGGGAACAAUCAUCUUCAUUGAGACAAGAUAGCGGACCCCUACUAGAAGAGUUACAUAGCGCACCUUUUAUACAGAAAAAAUGGCAUACAUCACUUUAGGGGUAGGCAAUAUAUUGUUUAAAAGAUAUCUGGAGUAUUUGGCUUUGCUGUUCUGAAUUAUAUCAAACUGCUUGGUUUGGUCUCCACAUUUAACCCACUGUAGUAAUGUUGCCCUUAAACAACUCAUUACAGACAAUUAUUUUACUGGUAAGUGUUUUGUUUUUACUUUCAGAGAUUAUUAUUGCUGUGUUAUAGUAGAGUUGUUCUCAAGUUUACCAAAUACUACCCAAGAAAAUAUCUGACCACCAGAUCAAAAAUUUAAUCUUUAACAGGGCUAUACCAGUUCUAAAUCAAGGCUCAGCCAUGACUUAAAGGUGCAUUAUGGGGGGUCCAUGACCUGCUUGUCCCAUGGAAAUGUUAUUGCUUUUCCUGGAAUGUUCCAUGUUGUUAAACUUUUGCAUCUUACAUUUCUUCAAGUACAGAUGUUUUUAUUGCAAAAAAUUACCUUGACCUUACCAUGAGCAGGCCUGUCCCUCCACAGAUCUGACCUGUAACUUGGCCUCGUGGCAUCAGCGCCUUGUCACCAUGGAGAUGGAUAACAUACUGUGAGACAUCCUAGGCAAAGCUAUUAUAAUAAGCAGGUGGCAGGUCUUGACAGGGUACAUAAGUUACAUAAGUAUUUCCAAAUAAGUACAGUAACCUGGAUAUAUUUGUCUUUAAAUUAAACUAAAACUCGCAAUGUAGAGAAGCCGCCUUAAUAGUUUAAAAACCACUGUUGACAGUAAUGUUUAUUUUUUUUGUUUUAUUAUGUCAUUCAUUUCACAAAGCAAACAAAAAACAGCUGAUUCAAAUUCCCCUUGGUAACACAUUUCAAAUACGUGAACAUUUUUAAUCAAACUGCUGCCUCUAGAUAACUUGUAGAAUUAUAUAAAUAGCUGGCCCCGAGAUGUUACCAAAAUGGAAGGUUAUGAUUCAUUUUUCUAUGUCAAAUAUCUGGUCUAUUUAUAAAACUGUAUUUGAGUAAAAGCCAAGUAAACCCUGUGUAUUCUUCAAUUUAAGUCUACCUAUUAUUUAUGUUUUGUGUUGGUUUUAUACUAUACAGUUUUAUAAUUUGUUUUGGGGUUUCUGGAUUGUCCAUUUUUAUUUAUUUACUUAAUAGAAUGGCCAAAUGCGACCAAAAAUCAUUACAAAUCAUUAUAAACAGUUAUUGGGAUCUAUCUGUUUCUUCUUGGGUUAGGUUUUGCUGAUUUGUUUUCACCAUUUAUCUUGUAAAUGUAUAAUUACAAACACUGUUCAAAACCAAACCAAAUGAUUAAGAAGAACCCAAAUAAAAUCUGCCCCAUGGUGUUGACUGUA